AAAAUAUUUUUAAAAGGACAAAAUUGCCCUUAAAGUUUAAUUUUUUUCUACUUAGGCUAAAACCCUUUUUCAGAAAACUAAAAUAGAACACUCAACGACUAAAGCGGCCAUUGCUGACAGAGUGAUUUUCUUCACAAGGAGCUAUUUUGGAUGAAGCUCCAAAGUUGAGAAUUUUGGGGUUAUCCAAACAGGGGUUAAGGCAAAAGUGUAAACCCCCACCAACCACACAGCUGGAAAGUAUUGGCCUCUCCAGCAUACUCUGAGAGAUGGAAAGUAGCAGUGGGAGUAGCAGCUGUGCUGGUGAGUGGAAAGCAGAAGAAGCUAUAGCCGGUAAUGCUGAAGCUCUUCGAGUUCUCAGAGAACUCAUCACCUAUCCUCUUCUUUACUCUGCUGAAUCUCGAAAACUUGGCCUAAAGUGGCCACGUGGGUUGUUGCUAUAUGGACCUCCUGGAACUGGAAAGACAAGCUUAGUUCGAGCAGUUGUUCAAGAAUGUGGUGCCCAUUUGAUUGUAAUAAGUCCCCAUUCUGUUCACAGGGCUCAUGCUGGUGAAAGUGAGAAAAUUUUGAGGGAGGCAUUUUCAGAAGCAUCAUCUCAUGCAAAAUUAGGCAAGCCAUCAGUCAUCUUUUUAGAUGAAAUAGAUGCUCUUUGUCCUCGUAGAGAUUCUAGAAGGGAACAAGAAAUUCGUGUAGCGUCUCAACUCUUUAUGUUGAUGGAUUCCAUUAAAUCCUCAUCGACAUCAGUAUCACACGUUGUUGUGGUAGCAUCAACCAAUAGGCCGGAUGCUAUUGAUCCAGCUUUAAGAAGGGCUGGACGGUUUGAUGCUGAAAUUGAAGUCACCACACCUACUGAGGAAGAGCGGAUGCAUAUUCUCAAGCUUUAUACAAAGAAGCUUCAAUUGGAUGCGAGUGUUGAUCUUCGAGCAGUUGCUGCAUCUUGUAAUGGUUAUGUUGGGGCAGAUUUAGAGGCCCUGUGUCGGGAAGCUGCAAUGUCUGCAGUAAGAAAGUGCUCUGACUCAAAUCUGGACGAUGACUCUUACAGCAUUAAUAUGGAAGAUUGGAAGCAUGCAAGAUCGGUGGUUGGUCCUAGUAUAACGAGGGGUGUUACUGUUGAAAUCCCGAAGGUUUCUUGGGAAGAUAUUGGAGGGUUGAAAGACAUUAAGAAAAAGCUUCAGCAAGCUGUUGAAUGGCCUUUAAAACACUCAGAAGCAUUUGAACGGUUGGGAGUAUCACCUUCCCGUGGAAUCCUUCUUCAUGGUCCACCAGGGUGCUCCAAAACAACCCUUGCUAAAGCUGCUGCUCAUGCUGCCCAAGCUUCAUUCUUUUCCUUGAGUGGUGCAGAGCUGUACUCUAUGUAUGUUGGUGAGGGUGAAGCUUUAUUACGCAAUGCUUUCCGAAGAGCUCGCCUUGCAGCACCAAGUAUAAUAUUCUUUGAUGAGGCCGAUGUAGUUGCAACCAAACGAGGAGGAAGUUCAAGUGGAAGCAGUACGGUUGGAGAGAGACUGUUAUCCACCCUCCUAACCGAAAUGGAUGGCUUAGAGCAGGCUAAAGGAAUUCUUGUUUUGGCUGCCACAAAUCGCCCCCACGCAAUUGAUGCUGCACUAAUGCGACCAGGAAGAUUUGAUCUCGUUCUUUAUGUUCCCCCUCCUGACUUGGAAGCUCGAUUUGAGGUUCUCAGUGUUCAUACACGAGAUAUGAAAUUGAAUAACGAUGUUAAUCUGAGACAAAUUGCAGAAGACACAGAGCUCUUUACUGGAGCUGAGCUUGAAGGACUAUGCAGAGAAGCUGGAAUAGUUGCGUUGAGAGAGAACAUAUCUGCAACAGUUGUAUCUGAUAGACACUUCCAAACAGUCAAAAAGUCACUCAAGCCAGCACUUACCAAAGAAGAGGUUGCUUCCUAUUCUUCCUUCAUGAACAAUCGAUCCGAGAGGUCUGCUCACUCAUUUCAAUCCAUCUCCAAAAAACGCGACAACAAGCCAACCAAAAACUUGUUAGUUUUUGCUACUCCUGUUACUAUCACUGUUAUUAGUAUUGCAAUGUACAUUGGUGUGAGAUACUUUCUGAUGCCAACUGAAACAUCGACGAGGGAACUAACAAGUACGUAGCAUCCAACUACGUUACUGUUAGUUCCAAUACAUUACAACAUGAUGAAUUAGCAAAAUUUUGAAGACAAAUUUGGUUGUGUAUAACACUUUUUGACUAGUACUUUGGAUAUAUGUUCCUUAGUUUCCAACUCAUAUUAACAGUAUUUUACAUGGUGUUGAAAUUAUUGAUUUUGUAUACAUAUUUGAUAUUGACAUGUAACAUAGUGAUUACAACUA